AUGUGUGGGCGAACACGAUGCACGUUAACUCGCGAGAAGGUUGCAGAUAUUGUGGGUGUUCCGCCCGAAAAAUUCGUAAAUGGCGACAAAUACAAUCCAACGGAGAAUGUGGGGCCAGGAAGAUAUGGGCUAAUUAUUUUGGGCGGAAGUAAAGUCAAAGAAGGAGGACAAAAGCCGAUGAAUAUUACAUUGCAAGCCAUGCGAUGGGGACUGAUUCCGUCGUUCACCAAAGCGAGUGCGAAACCAAAUCACUUCCUGAUGUUUAAUGCCAGAUCCGAAAGCCUACAGGAUCGACCAGCUUUUAAGCGAUUAUUGGAGUCGAAAAGAUGUAUAGUUUUAUGUGAAGGAUACUAUGAGUGGCAACAAGUGGAUAGACGAGAAAAGCAGCCGUAUUAUUUCUACCGAGAAAAUAGUCUGAUGAAGUUUGCGGGGUUGUACGACCAAUGGCAAAAUGAGGCUGGCGAACUGUUGGGUACCUACACCAUACUUACAACUGCAGUUGCACCAGAGCUUAAGUGGUUGCAUUCUCGCAUGCCGGUCAUUUUGUCGGAGGAAGGUGUUAAUCAAUGGCUUUCAAAGGCGAAGUUCGAAGAUCUCAAGGACUUACUGGUAUCGUAUCGUUCCGCUGAUUUGAAGUGGCAUCCAGUGGACAAGAAAGUGGGAUCGAUGCAAUUCCAAGGCGAAGAAUGCGCAAAGAAGAUGAAUAUUAAGAUUGCAGGUAACAUCAAACCAUUCUUCGGAGUGCAGCAAGAAAAACAUGAGACUGGAAUUUCUCAAGUCAUGCCAGCGAAUCAAGUCAAGAUGGAAAAGAAGCCAAUUGACAAUACUAUCACAAAAGAGCAUAAUUCAGAAUCAGACACAGCAUUUAAAGACCCGGAUAUAUUUGUACCAGCCUCCUCGCUGCUUAAUAAGCGCGCCAAAGGGCAAUCCUCGUCGCCUUUGAAGUCGCCUAACAAGCGUCGUCGGGCGUCUUCUCCAGUCAAGGUUAAAGCUUCGGCAAAAAUGGGCAACGUGAAGUCAUCUGUGGACCCAAAACAGUUGUCAUUGGACUCAUUUUUCGGCAAAGGUUAA